AUGGUGCCCACACCCAUCCGAGCCUGUACCAUGCCGGUGGGUGCGUACAUGACCAUGUGCAAAAGCUGCACUUCUUGCAACCUUAGCACCAGGGGUCCCCUCGGUGAUUCCACUUAUGCUUCACCAACUUAUUCUUGGCUCGCUUACGCUUCUCUGGUCAGAUUGGAAGCCUCUGAGGCUAAAGAUAGCUUUGAAUCUGCCCUAUCUUUCACUGACGUGGUGUUCAAUUCGUGUCUCAGCUCUAGUUUCACCCUAUCUUCUGUCACAUCAAGCCACAGCUCAUUUGAAAUGGCCACCUCGAACCAAAUGACGUCGAAUGGAGAGAUGCAUGCUUUUGCAAAAAUCACAAAAAGUUAUCCUCCAUUAAUGUGGCGCAAUCAUACACCUCCAGAGAUGGUUGUGUACUUCUCUGCCCCAGAUGCAUCUUCAUAUGAUUCCGAACCAAACACCUCUUGCCUCAACAGCCCCGAAUGCCUGGCUACCACGCCGUUGCCGUUCGAUACGAAUUAUGUCAAUUGUCAGUGCCAUCACCCGAUUGGCGAAUUCAUCCAUGCAUCGACUGAGCCCUGUCUUGCUUGUGCGCCAACCGAAUGCAGAUUGUCCUUCUAUUCUACCACCCAAAGUGUCAUAUUCGAUGAAAUUGUCUUCAUGAACUCUAUCCUCGUCUGCCAGAUCACUCUAUCUCAACUCUACUUAGCCCAAGUUGUCGCCGGUUGUUCUUUCGGAGCGACCCAAAAUGUUGCCUUCGUGAUCCGCCCGAGAUCAAAGUGGGCUGGUAUUGGUCUUAUGGAGAAAGGUAGUCUCGAAACUCUGCUGCUAUACGAAAAAAAAGUCACAGAGACGGAAUUGUACCGGAGCCCGGCUGAGACAAGAGCACGGGCAUGUGGUAGAGGAAGAUGA